AGACUAAAUGUAGUAGGUUAACCAAUAAAUAAUGUAUGUUACAAUUUAUAUGUUGCACACUCUUCUACUGUAUACUUGUCACCCUUCACCAGCACAACCUUCAAAUCCUCUCAGUCCAACCUUUGCUAGUUAUUCUUUUAUUUUCCGGUCACGCAGGUGAUCCCGUCUGUGUAACAAUGGGAGACACGGUCAACACUGUUUACAAGAAUGCAAACGAGCCUAUCGAAGCUCGAGUAAAAGAUCUUCUAUCUCGUAUGACUCUUAAGGAGAAGCUCGGUCAGAUGACUCAGAUCGAACGCACCGUUGCCACUCCAGACUUAAUCAAAGAUCUCUGUAUAGGAAGUGUUUUAAGCGGUCCCGAAAGUAAGCCGAAUGAGAACUCAAACGCUACGUCAGCGGAUUGGGCUGACAUGAUCGACGGGCUUCAAAAAGGCGCGCUGGAAUCGAGGCUUGGCAUUCCAAUCUUCUAUGGCAGUGAUGCUGUGCAUGGAAAUAAUAAUGUUUAUGGGACUACUAUUUUUCCUCACAAUGUUGGCCUUGGAGCUACCAGUGAUCCAGAUCUGUUGGAGAGGAUAGGUGCUGCAACUGCUCUGGAAACCAGGGCAAGUGGUGUUCAAUAUGCAUUGGCUCCUUGUAUUGCUGUAUGCAGAGAUCCUAGAUGGGGAAGAUGUUAUGAAAGCUAUAGUGAAGACACCCAGUUAGUUAGAAAGAUGACAUCACUCAUAACCGGCUUGCAGGGUAAACCUCCCGUUAACCUCCCGAACGGAUAUCCUUAUGUAGCUGGAAGGAACAAUGUUAUGGCAUGUGCAAAACAUUAUGUUGGAGAUGGAGGUACCGACAAAGGGAAAAGCGAAGGAAAUACUAUAAUCUCGUAUGAUGAAUUGGAAAACAUCCACAUGUUACCUUAUCUAGAUUGCAUUGCAAAGGGUGUUUGCACCGUUAUGGCGUCCUAUUCUAGUUGGAAUGGAGAUAAAAUGCAUACAAAUCGUUAUCUCCUAACAGAUAUUCUCAAAGAAAAGUUGGGUUUUAAGGGUAUGGUGAUUACGGAUUGGGAAGGACUUGAUAGCUUAUAUGAACCUUAUGGUUCAAACUACAGAACUGCGGUAUCAUUAGGAAUUAAUGCAGGAAUUGACAUGGUGAUGGUUCCGAUCAGAUAUCAAUUGUUUCUAGAGGAUUUAACAUAUUUGGUAGAAUCAGGAGAGGUAUCCAUGGCAAGAAUUGACGAUGCCGUUGAACGAAUAUUAAGAGUUAAAUUUGCUGCAGGACUUUUUGAACAUCCAAUGGCAGAUAGAUUCUUGCUCAAUAUUGUGGGCAGUAAGGCACAUAGAGAAAUAGCGCGUGAAGCAGUUCGGAAGUCACUAGUUCUGUUGAAAAAUGGGAAGGAUCCGCACAAACCGUUUCUACCAUUAAACAGAAAUGUUAAAAAGAUUCUUGUUGCUGGAAAACAUGCAGAUGAUCUUGGUUACCAAUGCGGAGGUUGGACCUCCACGAAGGCAGGCGCCAGUGGAAGAAUCACAAUCGGAACAACCAUUCUGGAUGCUGUAAAAGAAACGAUUGGUGACACUAGCGAAGUGGUAUACGAAAAAAACCCAACGACUAAAACCCUUUCUAAACAUGUUUUCGCAUAUGCAAUCGUGGUCGUUGGUGAAGCUCCCUAUGCCGAAUCAAGGGGUGACAAUUCAGAACUCAUAAUUCCAUCUAAAGGAGACGUGUUACUAAAACUUGUUGCACAACAAAUACCGACUCUUGCGAUUCUGAUAUCAGGCAGACCAUUGGUUUUAGAGCCAUCGGUUUUAGAAACAUUGGAUGCGUUAAUCGCUGCGUGGUUGCCAGGAACAGAAGGAAAUGGGAUAACUGAUGUUAUUUUUGGAGAUCAUGAGUUCCAUGGGCGGCUUCCGGUUUCAUGGUUUAAAUCGGUUGAUCAACUGCCUAUGGAUUCUCGUAAAGACUCAUAUGAUCCUUUGUUUCCAUUCGGGUACGGUUUAAAAUCUAAUGUUUGAACAUCAGUUUGUUGAUCAAUGAGGUUGUUUCUUCUUUUUCUAGAGCAAGCAAUUUAGCAUGUGUCUAAUGAAGUGCCCAUAUAUGUAUAGUACUUAUUUAUAAGACCGUUAUUAGGAAUUUUAAUCGUUUUUCAUGAUCG